CUCAACACCAAACAAAAUCCCCUCCACCAACACCUUCGAUCAUAUCAACGACGAUGGGCUACCUCGAACUCCUCCUCCGUCCCAGCGAACUCCGCGCAAUCACCCAAUACAAAACCUGGCACCAACCCCUCCACGCCCGCGACCCCACAACCGAAUCCCCUAACCGCGUCCGUUGUUACGAGCUCCUCGAACUCACUUCUCGUUCCUUCAGCGCAGUCAUUCAGGAGUUGCAGCCAGAGUUGCGGGAGCCUGUUAUGUUGUUCUAUUUGGUGUUGAGAGGGUUGGACACGAUCGAGGACGACAUGACCAUCCCGAUGGAGAAGAAGGAACCGCUCUUGCGCGAGUUUGAUGGGAUUUUGGAGAAGAAGGGAUGGACAUUUACGGAGAAUGGGCCGAAUGAGAAGGAUAGGCAGUUGUUGGUUGAGUUUGAUGUUGUUAUUGAGGAGUUUUUGGCGAUUAAGCCGAACUAUCAGGAGGUUAUCAAGGACAUCACGAGCAAGAUGGGCAACGGAAUGGCGGAUUACGCCAAGAACGCUUCGCACAACAUUAACGGUGUCCAGACUGUUGAGGAUUACGAUCUUUACUGUCACUACGUCGCUGGACUCGUCGGCGAGGGUCUUUCCCGUCUUUUCGGCACAAGUGGAAUCGAGGACCCACGUUACGCCGACCUCACAGACCUCUCGAACAGCAUGGGUUUGUUUUUGCAGAAGACCAAUAUCAUCCGUGAUUUCAGGGAGGAUCUAGACGACAAACGCCGCUUCUGGCCAAAAGAGAUCUGGUCAAAAUAUUGCGCCGACCUUUCCGAAUUCGCAGACCCCGCAAACGAGGCCGCCGCGUUGAACUGUAUCUCCGAGAUGACGUUGGACGCACUCCGUCACGCAACGGAUUGUCUUCUUUAUCUGUCCGGAUUGCGGGAUCAGAGCGUAUUCAACUUUUGUGCGAUUCCGCAGGUGAUGGCAAUCUCAACCCUCGCCCUCGUCUUCAGAAACCGCGACGUUUUCCACCGCAAUGUGAAGAUCAGGAAGGGACAGGCAUGCGCGAUGAUCAUGAAAGCCAAGAACCUCCGUUCAGUAUGCGACAUCUUCCUCGACUACACCCGCGAAAUCCACCGCAAAAACACCCCCUCCGACCCGAAUUUCCUUGCGAUAAGCAUCGCCUGCGGCAAAAUCGAACAAUGGACCGAAACUGUCUUCCCAUCCCAAAAACGCCUCAUGCUCCAAAAAGCCGAAGACGCACGUAAACGCGCAAACGAACUCGAAGCCGCCGGUCGCAAUCCGGAUGGUGGGGUUUCUGACGCGACCAGGAUGGCGAUCUUUGUCAUUUUGUUUUGGGUUGGUGUUACUGUGCUCAUGACGGGUGUUGCGACUUUGUUUGGGGCGAGGUUUGAUUUGGCCUUUAAGAGGAUUUGGGAGAUGAAGUGGCCGAGUGCGGAGGAGCUGGCGGCGAAUGCGGAGAAGGUUGGGAAGGUUGUUGGGAGUGCUACGGAGACCAUUACGAGGACUGCGACGGUGGUGAGUGAGACUACUGUUGUGAGGGAGUUGUAAGAGUAUAUGUAAGAGGUUAGAUGGGGUA